AUGAAGUUUACUUUUGCUUUAUUUGUGGUUGUAACCUUAGUUGUAUGCGUUACUGUUUCUAUCGCAGCACCAAUUGAAACCGAUGUUAUUCAUAAAAGAGGAACGGAAGAUGACAAGCAUCAUUGCGACAAAAAGGAUGAAGGUUGCCCUCCGAAAAUUCCUGAAUUCUCAGAUCCAAAAUCGGUUGAUUCUCCUAAAGGACCAAAGGACCCAAAAGAUGGUGAGGAUGGCAAAUUCCCCGAAUUUCCAAAAGAUGGUAAAUCUCCUGAUGGCAAAUAUCCCAAAUUUCUAAAAGGUGGUGAAGACGGUAAAUCUCCCGAUGGCAAAUUUCCUAAAUUCCCCAAAAAUGGUGAAGAUGGUGAUGGCAAGUUCACUGAUGAUGGAAAGUUACCUAAAUUUCCGAAAAGUGACGACGGUAAAAAAUCUCCUGAUGGUGGCAAAUUCCCCAACGAAGUUCCUCCAAAGAAGCCUUAA